AUGGCGUCUUUGCUGCUGGUUUGCUGGGAUGGUCGUACCACUGGUGCAGUGCUGCCUGUGGGGGACACCCCCAUGGACGGGAUGGCAGCAGAGGACCUGGGGCUGGUUGUGCUUGGCCUGCUGAAGUCCCCAGAGGUGUACCUAGGCCAGGUGAUUGGGCUCAGCACAAGCAAGCUCACCAUGAGAGUGCUGGGAGCAAAAAAUCACCUUGUAGGUGUUGCGUUGCUGAGACAGCUCCUGCUCUUGGUGUGCGCAGGCGCACCCGGGGAACACCAUGCUUGGUACCUCAGGAGUAUGAGAAAUGGCUUCCCUGGAGCCAGGAAUUUGGCCAACGUGUUCUGCUGCUAUGCCCUGAAGCCAGCCCACAGCAUGGAGCUGACCCUCAAACUCAACCCCAGGGCCUGCACCUUCCAUCAGUGGCUGGCAGACAACAAAGCUGUGUUCUGACUGUCGCUUCCCUCUUCUUCCACCCAGGCUCAUGCAGCAGGUAUCAGGUGCUGACUAAGGUCACCUUGGCUCGCCUUCCUCCCCUUGAAUCCUCAGGAAGCCUUCUGCAUUCCCGCACCACCUCCAUGAGAAAGGAGCACUAAUUCCCACUGCUUACCUGAUGAUGUAUUUGUGACUCCAUUC